AUGGCGGACGAAAAGGCAGACAGAGACAUUCUCUUCCUUAAGCUCAACGGAGCCGAAUAUGGCAAGGAAAAAUCCGUACGGCAUUAUUCAUCGAAUCACCAGAUGCUACUUGUAGGAGAAGGAGAUUUCUCCUUCUCACUCAGCUUAGCAAAAUCCUUCGGCUUUGCUUCCAACGUUUGCGCUUCGUCUCUCGAUUCGUACGAUGAUGCAGUGAGAAAGUACAAGAACGCGAGAUCAAACCUGGAAACUUUGAAGAAACUUGGAGCUUCUCUAUUGCAUGGUGUGGACGCAACGGAUAUGCAUCUUCAUCCAUGUCUUAAGACGAGGAGAUUUGAUCGCAUCGUCUUCAACUUUCCUCACGCGGGCUUCCACGGAAAAGAGAGUGAUGCAAAUCUUAUUCGGAAGCACAGAAAACUGGUAGGGGGAUUUUUCAGUUGUGCAAGCCGGAUGUUGAGGGAAGAGGGAGAGGUUCAUGUCUCUCACAAGAACAAAGCACCCUUCUGCAACUGGAAUCUCGAGGAACUAGCUAGCAGAAGCUGUCUUGUAAUGACUAAACGUGUCGAAUUCAAGAAGGAAUAUUACCCGGGUUACCAGAACAAGAGAGGAGCUGGCUCUAGAUGUGAUGAACCCUUCAUUUUGGGAUCUUGUAGUGUUUUUAUGUUCAGAUUUUCUUCCAUAGCCAAGGAGAUUUAUGCAGAGAAGAUUAAAUGGAGAAACUUGGGGAGCAAGAAAGCCAAUAAUUCUCGUCGGAUUUUAACUCCAGCCAUGAAUGAUCAACCGGAAGACUGGUCCCGUCUUUCUUAUCGCCUGGAGAGUCUUCUGGAUCAAGAAGUAAGGCAAAGGCCCUAUCCAUAUGAUAUUCGGAAUAAGCUCAGUAAUGAUAUUCAGAUGCAAUAUCAAGGUGUUCCAGAUGGAUUAAGACAAAGACCCGUCUCUGAUAUAGGGUUUCACCAAAGCAUGACUCGUCAUAUGCAGUUCGAAAAUGCUUCAGCCCUAGCAAGGCAGAUGCCAGUCUUAUCUAGUAGUGUUAUGCUGUGCCGAGAAAAACGGACUCAGGCAAAUGAGGACAGUCACGUUCUCGAGGUCAUCAAAUGUACAAUGGGGAUCUGCCAAGAACUUCAACAAGCGAGAGGUACUGCAGUCUUGAAAGGUUCAAUGUUGAGAAUCACAGAAGAAUCAAAGCAGGUUUUGCUUCCCCGCCAAGGCGAAGGCGAAGGCGAUGGCAUUCGUUUCAAGAGACGCAGUAAGAGAAGAUAA